AAAGAAAGAGAAAGAUGGAAUCAUGGAAGAACAACUCAGCAGACAGAGGGAGAGAGAGUUGAGUCUUGUCCACAGUCAGCUAUGGCACGCGAGCCUUCACUUCUAAGCCAAAGAGUGAAAAAUAAAAUAGUGCUAGGAUGCUGGGUAACAGCCGGAUGGACAUAUCUCUGUCUCUGUCUCUCUCGCUCUCUCUCUAUGAGAUUUUCCAAAUGCUUGAGAUUAUUGGGGAAAGUGGCAUUGGUCACUGGUGGAGCCAUUGGUAUUGGAGAGAGCAUUGUGCAGCUAUUCCACAAACAUGGUGCAAAGGUUUGCAUAGCUGACGUGCAGGACAACCUUGGCCAGCAUGUCUGUGAUGCCCUGGGUGGUGAGCCAAACACGUGUUAUGUCCAUUGCGAUGUCACCAAAGAAGAUAGUGUUUGCGAUGCAGUGGACUUCACUGUCAGCAAAUUUGGCACACUUGAUAUCAUGGUCAACAAUGCUGGUUUAUUAGGCUCACAAUGUCCUGAUAUCCGCAAUGCAGACAUGUCAGAAUUCGAGAAGAUAUUUGAUGUAAAUGUGAAGGGAGUCUUCCUUGGAAUGAAACAUGCAGCUCGGAUAAUGAUCCCACUAAAGAAGGGCUCAAUAAUCUCUCUCUGCAGUGUUUCAAGUGCCAUAGGGGCUAUAGGUCCACAUGCCUACACAGGGUCUAAGCAUGCUGUUUUGGGGCUCACCAAGAAUGUUGCAGCUGAGUUGGGACAAUAUGGGAUUCGUGUCAACUGUGUUUCGCCUCAUGGGGUUCCAACAGGGUUGGCUUUAAGCUACCUGCCGGAGGAGGAGAGAACUGAGGAUGCCAUUGCCGGUUUUCGUGCUUUUCUCAGGAUGAAUGCUAACUUGCAGGGGGUGGAAUUGACUACUGAUGAUGUGGCUAAUGCCGUGCUCUUCUUAGCAAGUGAGGAAGCGAGGUAUGUCAGUGGGGCUAAUCUAAUGGUUGAUGGGGGUUUCACUUGCACAAAUCACUCACUUCGGGUCUUUAGAUGAUCAGAUAUGUACUCAUAUACUAUUCAAAUGGUGAGUGCUAGUUUCUAUCAAGUUUAAACAAAAUAAUGCCCCUGCCCCUUACAAGGAAUUGAUGAUUUGAUGUGAUGAGAGGCUACCCUGAACAUUUGGCAUUUGGCUUAUUAUCUAUCUUUGUGUGACAAAAGAAGAAAGAGGGAAAAAAUAAAUAAAGACAAGCUUUUCGAAGAGUUUUAA